AUGUCACAGAGUAAGGCCAGAGGGGCACCAGCCAUGCCCAGAGUCAGGCAGAGCCCAGCGAAGGCCAGGCCAAGGUUGCUCGCAGGCACUGACAGGAGGAGGAGCCGCCUGAGCAGACCAAGGCAAGACCUGUGGGAAGAGACCAGCUGGAGCAACCAAACGUGGAGCAGAGCUGCCCCUACCCCUAGAGGUGCCAGGACCAGGAGCCUAGCUCUUGGCAGGAGUGAGGCCAGUCCUGAGAACGCGGCACGGGAGCGGAGCCGGGUGAGGACUCUGCGCCAGGCCUUCCUGGCCCUGCAGGCUGCUCUGCCCGCCGUGCCCCCCGACACCAAGCUCUCCAAGUUGGAUGUGCUGGUGCUGGCCACCAGCUACAUAGCCCACCUCACCCGCAUGCUCGGGCACGAGUUGCCUGGCCCCGCCUGGCCACCCUUCCUGCGUGGACUCUGCUUCCUGCACCCUCUCAAGAAGUGGCCGAUGCGAUCUCGUCUCUAUGCUGGAGGCCUGGGGUGCUCUGGCCCUGACUCCACCACAGCCACCACCUCGGGCCAAAGAACAAAGAAGGAAGAGGCCAGGCCCCAAGUCUCUGGAGGGACAGAUACUCUCCUCCCCUCCAGGCCACUCUCACCAGCUCUUAGUGACAAAUGA